AUGAAAGCAAUCAUUAUUGUUGUUAUUUUACUUCUUAAUUAUGUUACUCUUAUUGAAACACUUCAAUGUUAUUCUCAUGAUGUAUGCUCAAUUAAUUGUCCACAGUUGAGUAAUACAAUAAGAUCUUGUACUGGUGGUGAUAAUAAAUGCUACAAAGCUGCAUUUUCUGGUGGUAUUUCUCGUGGUUGUGCUAAAGAACGAUGUAGUGUUCAAAUCAAUACUAAUUCAGUUCUGGCUAAUGUCUGUUGUGAAAAAGAUUUGUGUAAUUCAGCAAUAACAUCAAAAAUAACAUGUAAAAUACUCUUUAUGAUCCUUGGUGCCUUGAUUUUGACUCAAAUAUAA